GCUCAAAUCGAUCUUCGUGCUUUAAUUCGUUUUUCACCGAUCUCGCCUAGAAGAAGUUCCAACGUUUUCUCAUGUUCUUCAAAGUGGAAAUACGCAUUUGUAAACAAAGACAGGACAGACAAAGCAAAACAGUACUCCGCCGAACACUGGUGAUAUUUUGUUGUAGUUAAUCUUAACGUGACCGAGAUCGAAGCCGAGCCCACAUUUCUUGUCCCCUUGCGUUUCUGCUCAUUUGAUGCAAAGCUCGGUGCUCGCGCUCUGCGAGACACCGUUACUUGCGAUACUACGAAAACUAAUCUUGCCUUUUAAAGAAUCAUAUCGCGUCGAACCGAAAAAAUGACGACCUCGCCCGCGCCCGCCCCGGAGCAGGGCAGUACUGCCUGGAUGGUGGUAAAAACGGGCGCGAAGCCGGACGACAUUAUGGGUAAAGUGAGGCACGGGAUGAAGCAGAUCAAAGUCCCGACCGCGGGGAACAAGGUUUACAAGGACGAGUGCUGUUACUCCUUCGACAACCCCUACUCACCAACCGGACUUUACGUCAACCUGUCCACGUGGUUCGGGUGCGGCAAGCGGUUCCUGGAAACAGACGCAGCGCGCUCGGACAACAACACGCUAUACCUGAAGUUGAAGUACACCAAAAUUUACCACAAGGAGAGUGAGGAGAAAAAAGUACUUUUUUCGUCUUUGAAUGAUUGAGGAGGUCGACUUUCUGUGACAGUGACUCCGCUUUUGCUUUUGGUAUGUGAUACUACUUUGAUAUCUUCCGCCAUGGCUGGAAGAUAGAAGAAAAAUCAAUUUCCAUGCACUAUCUUCACCACCCAUCUCCACAGGACCAGCCGGUGACGACGCUGGGUAUCGGCGUUCAGGGCGGCUUCGCCGCACAAGAAUUUGAUCUGAAGAAGGAGUAUUUCCUCACCGUAUUCGAGAAGGACCACGUCGUGGCCGAGCUUCCCUACCCCUUCGGCCCGGACGCCGACAUACCCAUGUUGGUGAACACGUGCUGCGAGGCCGUGGAAAAGCACGCGGGUGCCGCCGCCAUGGCCGCGAGCACCGUGUGGGAGGACAAGGACGAGCUGAAACCUUCGAAAUACUCGGAAGGCCUCGUCCAACUGCCCGUGGGCGACAAAAAAUUGUCACCGUAUAAUACUUCUAUGUCCAUGUUGAUUUUGUGUGUUUUCUUUGUGAAUUUGUUUUCGGUUUAUUCCUCCUGAUGCUUAUCGACGCAAUGAAUCGCGUUGGUGCGACGUUGCAUCGUCGCUCCUCGCGAUACGAAGUAGAUGAAAUCCAAAACUACAGUGACCCGUCCACGUGGAAGUGCGAGAUCCACGGCGCAACGGACAAUCUGUGGCUCAACCUUUCCGACGGCUUCAUCGGCGGCGGCCGAAAAAAUUGGGACGGGUCCGGCGGAUCGGGCGGCGCGUUGGAGCACUACGAGGCGGAAAAGGCAAAGGGGAACAACUUUCCGCUUGUCGUAAAGCUAGGUACGAUAACGCCACAGGGCGCCGACGUUUUUUCCUAUGCGCCGGACGAAAACGACCUGGUCAUAGAUCCCAAACUCGGGGACCACCUGGCCCACUGGGGAAUCGACAUUAUGAAGCAGGAAAAAACCGCAAAAACGAUGGCGGAGCUGACGGUCGAGCUGAACGCGAAUUACGACUGGGGGAAGGUGUGCGAGAGCGGGGCGAGUUUGGAACGGUUGUACGGCCCCGGGUACGUCGGGUUCCAGAAUCUCGGGAACACUUGCUACAUGAACAGUUCGCUCCAGUUGCUCCUAUCCCUACCAGAGGUGAAGGACCGGUACUGCGACAGCGCGCGGCAACUCUUGUUGACCGCCACCCCGCACCAACUGCCCAGCGACGUCCUCGCGCAGUUUGCAAAAGUCGCGACGGCCACCAACGCGGAGAAGGAUUUGGAAGAGUCCCGCUACCCCAGGAAGGAAGACGACCCGAACGACGAAUCCAACACGAUUGCGAUGCGCAUGUUCCGGGCCGCCGCGAUAGAAAACACCUCGGACUUUUCUACGAACCGCCAGCAGGACGCAGAGGAGUUCAUCCGGUAUUUUUUCACCCGCCUCGCCACUGCGGAGAAGCAGGGCGCGGACCGACUAGCGAUGGUGGGGCCCCGAAACGAGCGCCCAACGCCCACCGAGGACCUGUUUAUGUUCGAGAAAGAGGAACGGUACGAGGGGAACGGGGAAGUGGCCUACCUGCCAGCGGUGGACUGCUUUUUACAGCUCAUGAUCAACAUGGAAGACGCGGUGGCCGAGCCCGCGGCGAAGAAGCAAAAACUAGAGUCCGGCGAGGAAGGGGUAACGUCGGUAUUUAGUGUACAUUUUGAUAAAGUUCAAGUUGAUGUGUCGUGCACGGAAUUCUUUUCUACCAACGAACGUCAUGAUCAUGAUCUACUUUCAAGUUUCGCGUGUUGAUGAGCAGCAUUCAGUUUCAGUAGAUUCUAAUUCUUUCUUUUACCGUCACCGUGUGUGGGUGUAGCGGAAAGUAGCAAGUCAGUGAAUCUGAUUUUUUUCCCUGAAGAUAUUCAAUAUCAAUUGCAUUUCCACCUGCAUUUUUUUCUCACAGGUACCAGAAAUCCCUUUUGAGCGCGCAUUGUCCAGGAUAUUUGAAUCCGAGGACAUGGGGCCCGACCAGCUGUUUCGGGGGCGUCGGGUCGCCCGCUCACUGCACAUGAAGACCAUGCCCAAGUACCUCUUUGUGCAGGUCCAAAGGUAUUACGUGGACUCCGCCACCUGGACACACAAGAAGCGUGAGUGCACCUGUCCCGUACCGGAGACACUAGACCUCGAGAAAUACCGCGCGCCGGCCAAGGGCGAGGAUGGAAAAUGCAGGCCCGGGGAAAAACUGAUGCCAGAUGAGCCAGGUACUUAUAAGAAUACUCAAACAUGAAGUUUCUCAGUAUGUCGGGCCUAUUCUAUGAUGUAUAUGUUCAUCUUGCACGUAGCUGGCCCUGGCCCACUUGAGAUGCCCUGCUGUCCAUUUCCACUUGAUAUAAUUGAAAAAAAACAGCCGCCGCCGGGCCGGAGCCCGACAUGGCGCUCGUGGAACAGUUAUCCGUCAUGGGAUUCUCAGAAAACGGAUGCAAGCGGGCCUGUCUUGCGGUAAGCAACCGGGGUGUCGAGGAAGCUUCAGAGUGGAUUUUUGCCCACAUGGAAGACCCGGACUUCAACGACCCGCUUCCUGCAGCAGGUAGUUUUGGCUUAGAAAGAGCGAGUUAGAACUUGUGUGUAUCGACAUGACCAGGAGUGAUGUGCGAAAAAUCAAUCUGGAUGGUCUGAUGCAGGUUUUACAAAUCGACGAAAUUAUUUGUUUCAUCUUCGUUUUCCACAGGCGCGUCGGCCCCCGCUCCCGCAGCGGAUAGCGUGGAUAUGGAGCAGGUCCAGCUCCUCCAAGCCAUCACCGGGUUCGCCGAGAAGCACUGCAAGCGCGCGCUGAAGCAAAACGGCAACAAUCCAGACGUUGCCGCCGCGUGGUUGAUGGAGCGCAGCGCCGCCGAUUUGGAUGCAGAGGAGCAAAGCGCGAAUGCGGGAGGUGGCACGGCAGGGGCCACAAGCUCUUUUACCGACGGGGUCGGAAAGUAUUCUCUCGUCGGCUUCAUUAGUCACGUGGGCAAAGCGACAAGCAGUGGGCACUACGUGGCACACAUAAAGAAGGACGGGCAAUGGUGCUUGUUUGACGACGAAAAAGUCGCCAAGAGCGCCCAAACGCCGUUUGAGUACGGCUAUGUCUACUGCUUUAAGCGGGAUACUUGAAUUUUCUGAAGCGACCAGACAAGAAGUGUCAGGGCGAUCGUUUAUCGUCCUUAGCAUUUUUUAUACGAAAAAAGGCGACAACAUC